UUGUAUACAACCAAUGGUGUGAAAAUUUCAUUAAUAUUGCAUUGUCCUAGAACCAAUGAUCGAAGAGUUUGUUAAAACAGCAAUCUAAAAUAUCUUUUACUUGUCAAUCAACUUGUGCGGCGAAGUGUGUACACAACUUCCGAUUACUGAAAGAUGUCGAAUAGCGUGCCCUUUACGGAGCCCAGAACAGCGAAGUUCCGUAAAACUCGCCCCGUAUGCAUGGCUUUUUUCUGUACCUGAUGGAUGAUAUAAUACAGGGACAAGAGCCUCAGGGUUUAUUCUCGAAACGUUCGUCCUCAAAUAUCCUCUCCGAUCCAAGGAUUUUAGCUCAUUUGCGGAUCGUGGCAGAAGAGGCUCAAAGCUCCGAGCAGAAUCACGAACAUGAUGAAGAAUCAGAGCUGCAGAACACAAAACGGGAGCUUGGGCUUAAGAUAGCGGCUUACAACAAAGGAAACCAACACGGGGCAUUCCGACUGAUAUUGAAAGAGGAUUUAGGUUUCGAAGGUGCUUUACGUUUUUACUUUGAAGACGGGAAAGAGGAACUGACAAAGGCUCUACGCCUCACCAACAAAACUCUGGUUUCGGAGCUCCUACCAACGCUGAUCGAAAAGUUCAAGCCCGACUCUACGAACUCCGCGGUCGAGAAGAAGGCCAAACUGUAUGAAGUUUACGAAGAAGAUGAAAUCUGUUUAGAUCCAUCUGAUGCUCCACUUGAAAUUGCAUUGAAUGCCAAAAAGCAUCCAAGAUUUGUUUUGCGUUUGGAUGCUAAAACUUCACCAGAAACGAGUGCUGCAUCAAAUAGUGAAGGAGCCAUACACAAAACAUCAGUGUUAAAUGGGACAGCUUUGACUGAUCAUUCUAAAAACCGUAGUUUUCCAUCUCCAAGUCCAUCACUGGCCAGCACUAGAACUGCAGGCAGUGAUAAUAGUUCUUCUGGGAGCUUUGCUGGACAAUCACAGUUAAGAAAUGACAGCCCUUUACCUAGUAGAAAGCCAAUUACCAAGCCAAAAACACCAUCACCAACUCACAACGCACUAAACGACAAAAUGCCAUCAUCAGCAAGGAGUGAUAAGAUGAGAAACUUUUUCAGUUCCCCAAGGAGUGCUCUUGGAAUGUUUUUUGAUGCAGCAGGAAAUCAACCUGAUCAAAGUUCUCAUGCUGCAAACAAAACUGCUCGUUCAAAGCAUAAAAGAAAGGGAUCUCUUGGCCGUCUUAAAAGGAAGAAGGCAGAUCAAAACACGACCACUGAACUAUCUACUGAGCAGAUGGCACCAGGUAUUCUCAAGGUCUUUGGAGAUCAUGUUUCACCAGGUUCAAACUAUAAAAGUGUGCGGGCUACUGAGAUGACCACUGCAGAUGAAAUUGUUCAACAGGCUUUAGAGAGAUACUCGCUUUCCACAGAGAAGGCUUCUGACUAUGUGCUCUGUGAUGUAAUUGGAUACUUUACCAAGAGAAAAGGCAAUGUUAACAAUCUAGAAGAAGAUGCUGAUAAGUGGGAAACAGAGUAUGCCAGGGUUAUUAGUGACAAAGAGAAACCUCUUGUGCUUCAGCAAUUGUGGAAGCCAAUGGGAGGAUUUUCUCGCAGGUUUGAACUUCGGAAGCGGAUAGAAACUCAGCACUCUUCAUUUUUUAAACCAAGAGGUAGCAUUGCAAUUAUGAAAGCUGCAUCCAUGCGUGAAGCCCAUGUACCUACUAGUGUAAAGGAAAUCCGUCGUGACACAGGACAAAGUGAUGCAUCACACAUUUCAUCGAGUGAAGACCAGCUGUCAAGUGUUGGUGUUGAAGAGGGGGGUAGUUCUGGACGAGCAUCUUUAAUUGCAUCACCAUUUAUUGCACCCACAGACACACCACACCUUCUCCUUCUUAAAGGCUGUAGUAGCCCUGAUGACUAUUUAUACCACAGGUUAGAUGAACAGUUAUCUGUGGUUGGUUGUCCUGUGCAUCAACCUGGUAACCAGUCUCCUGAUGUGAUUCUAUUUGCACCAGAUAUUUUACCUCAACAUUGCACUUUGAUUAAAAGAGUGGAAACUUCAAGUACAGAUUUAGAACAAGAAUACAAUGAUUUGAAUUUUGCAGUUUAUUUAGAACCCUCCAGAGGUGCUGAUGUGUGCAUAAAUGGUGCAACUGUCUUAUCAUCUACAAAACUGAUACCUGGAGACUUAGUUUCUUUUGGAAAACAUUAUUGUUUCUUAUUCAAAGAUCCUUCUCAAGUUGCAGAUAGUUCCUUGAAAUUAUCCUGGGUUAAUGAUUUGAAACAACUUCACAAGAUGAAAACACCUGGGAAUCCAGAACAUACAACUGAUUCACAAAAUAUUCAUGACAGUGAUGCUUUUAAUAUUUCAAAUGCCGAAGAUGGUAUCGACAUUCCUGAUGAGGCACAGAAUGGUUUAUGGUUGUCUUAUUCUGUUCAAGAUGAAGAUUACCUGCUUGAUAUGGUAAUGAGCAUUGUAGAUUUAUCAGGAGAUGGUUACAAAUUAUCCCCUGCCUAUUUGUUGAUCUUGUGCAUCGAACACUCUGCAAGAUAUCACACUGAGCUACAAACCAGACAGCUUCUUGUCAAGAUAUCAAAUGGAAUCCAGACAGUUGCUUCAGAAAAAACUGCAGAAAUGUCAAAGACAAUAGACAGAACAUCAGUUCCAGAAAAAGCCUUAGAAGAGCUUCUUCCUCAGCUACGACCAGUGGUGUUUUGGAUGGCCAAUUGUCUGGAAAUGUUGCCUUACCUGCAAUGCCACAUGUCUUGUUACAUCAAAGACCCAUCUCAAAUGGCUGAGAGCAGUGAUGACAGUUUGUUCAAUGCAGAUGAAGAACUGCUUAUGUUUCUUGAAGAAGUUAUCAUUUACACUUUUCAACAGACUGUCUACCAUCUUACAAAGGUUUUGUAUAUCGCUCUUCCGGCGAUCUUGGACACAAAUCCAUUCCAAGACACAGACGAAGACAGUGACAAGAGACCACAGGAAGUGGAAACCGUAAUCAGCAUCUUCCAGACCACUUACGAUAUUGUGAAGGCUUAUUCCGUUCACGAAGACAUACUUCAUCAACUUUUUGCAUAUUUGUUUUUCUUCACAAACGCGUCCUUGUUCAACACCUUGAUGGAGCGGGGAGCUGGGGGCAAGUUCUACCGCUGGGCUAAGGGAGCGCAGAUACGGGGCAAUCUGGAUAUGUUGGAGAGCUGGGCUGCGCAGGUUCAACUUCACGACGAGGCUAAUGAGUAUUUGAUCAGACUGUCCACUGCGGCUGAUUUAUUAGCCACGCCCAAAGUUCAGCUCCUACAGGCUGACUGGGUGACAAUUAGAAGAGAUUUUCCAGCACUCAACCCGGCCCAAGUACAGCAAAUUCUGAGUGAAUACCAACUCGGUCCAGGCAAGUCUCGACCAAGAGGCUGGUUCCCUCCUCCAGAGGAAGUGGAACCUGCACUCCGCACAGCGGACAUUUUAUUGAACUUCUCCGAACAUCCACCGUUGAAACUCCCGACUGAAAGAUUUGUACUGGACUUUGAUAAUGGACCGACGGAUCAGUCCUUCUACUACUACUUAGAUACAAUUAAACAAGCAAUGAAUCCAGGUCUUGGUAAAAAUGGAGCAGGAACGGCAAGAAUGAACGGAAUAAAUAGAGUUCAACAACCGGAACCGGAAGUGCUUCAUUCAGAUGUGAUUCGUACUUCGUCACUAUCGCAUGGUCAAGAUCACGUGCCUGAUUUGGUAGUCUCCCCAGCCUCACCCUCAAAGGACAAGAAAGAAUUCUCAUUCGAGACGGUCAUGUCUGAUUCAACUCCAUCCCAGAAAGAGGACGAAACGAGUGUUCUUAAAGACAAAAGAUCCGUCGUCUCCGUUGAAAGAAGAGAGACUCCACCAAGAAGAGAUAAGGAUGCUUCGCUAAGUAAACCAAACGCCUCAGAUCCGUCAGUGAACUCCGAAUUUACCAAUGGCGGAAAGCGUCCCCUUUCCAGAUUAGUUUCAGGCCAAAAGACUGCAUCCAGAUCCAAUUUUCCAGUUAGUCUUCUAGAAGGACGUGAUUCCGCGGGGCUACCCAAUGAGGAGCCUUCUGCGAUGUCUGUCAGAACACUGGAGAGUAAAGACCCUACGGCUUCAGACGUACCCCUGGUUGGAGUUAAGGAUGAAAAUCAAAAUAUGGCAGUUGUGCCGGAGAGAAGAGCAGCUUCGCCUUCUACGAACGACAACUCCAAGUGGGUUGAAGUUACAGGUCCCGUGACACGUGAUGCCGUGAACAAUGCAGACGGACUGUCAGUACUUCCAGUGGACGACUCGGAAACUAACGAAGAACUGGCCUUACAGAUAGCCAUAGAUCCAACGGUAGAAACUUCUAAGGAAUUCGACGAGAGACGAGCGCUACAAAAGGCGAAGCUUUUGAGCCGUUUGAGAAAUGAAUCCGAUGUUGAUCUUGGAGGAGAAGUACCUGGAGGUAGAAGUGGAUCACCAGCUAAACUAGAGGGAAUGAGGGAAACAGAUGAUCGACAGGAUGACGUGUUUAUUGUAGAGCUGGAGAAAGGGGACGAAGGGAUAGGCUUGGGACUCAUUGACGGGCUGUACACACCAUUACGGUCCCCCGGGAUUUAUGUGCGGACCCUAGUGGCUGGUGGACCAGCUAUAAAGGAUGGUCGGCUUCGUCUUGGUGAUCGUAUCCUUGCUGUAAAUGGAACCAGUCUUGUUGGGGCCGAUUAUCAAAGUGCCAUGCAGCAAAUCCGUGAAGCAGGAAAACGUUUAUCUUUCUUGGUGGCCAAGUCUGAUAUUCAUGUGGCGAUGAAGAUCACCGCUUCAAGUUGCUAGCAAUCCCGCAAUUAUAGAGAUACCACUUCACGUUGUCAUGUCACGCACAAGGAACGUUGUUGCAUGACAUCCCAAACGUGGGCGGCGGGAAGACCCAAUGACGACUGUCCCUGUCCCUCUAAGAUUUGGCAGGACUUAGUUCGGAAGCCUGUUUUACUUUUUAUCGAGUUCAACAUCAGAUACUAUUUUACUCAGCUUUGUAAAGUGAUGAAAACUGUAUCUACUAACCAGCGUACUCGCUAGCUAGAACUAGAAUUUUUAUGAGAACAUAUUUUUGCUACAUUUGUCGAUUCCUAGAAACUCAUGUGGUUUGCAGUUUCUCCCAUUUUUUAACUUCAGGAGUGUAGAGUUUGUAACCACUUUUAUCCUAUUAGUAGUGUGAUGUGACUUAUAAGGUGUAUUCUACAUACUCUACAAUGUAAACCCUUUCACAUGUGCCCGCAUUACCCUUAGGUUUUAAAGCCAUACCUAUGCCUUGGACUUUACAUGCUUGUUAUAUUUUAUAUAUUUUAAUUGUUAUUUAUCCUAAGUCAUGGUAUGCCGUCCAGGUUGUUCGUCGCUUCGAUUCUCAACGCUCUUUUGAAUAAAAUAAUAUUUCCUGAUACCUUUC